GAGCCACCAGAGGGCCCUCCAGAGGAGCCUGCUUUGCCUCCACCCAACGAGAUUGAGAUCCCAACCGAUGGGCCCAUAGGUGAUGGCUACGAGGUGAUCCUGGACGUACCGCCCAGUCGACGUGACGACUUCGAUGGACCAGCCAUGCAGCCGUACCGUGUGGGCAUGCAGUCUGGUGCGCCGGUGCUCAUGAACGGUUUUGAUCAGCCUUUGCUGGUCCUGACCUUGCACGAGGACUUUCGCCCGUGGGCAGGCUGGCGGGUGUGGUCGGCGGCAGAAGAUCGCAGAUUUCCUUUGAAGUCGCGCGCAGCAUUGCACAUGGUUUUCUGCCCAGGAAAAAGUGAGCUCUGGGUGCCGGUGGCCAUCGGAGUCCAUCUGGCAUUGGUGCUGAUGCUAGUGUUCAUUGCAGUGUUCACCAUCCAGGCUGUGAAGUCUUCGCGUGAACCUGAGAAGUUUGACCGGCUGGUACUCUUCAUGAUCAUGGGAGUCGGGUCAGCUGUGGCCUUGGCCAAAGCAAUCAGCAUGAAGCCCAAGAAGGAGAAAUCGCUGCACUGUGGAGCCUCGUUGAUCCCUCGAGAGAGCCUGGAUGGCGCCGCACGGCACAGCUCGAUGGCAGCUCGGCUGUGGUAUCCCCGGCGCCUUUUCUUCAGGCACGUCGCUGCCGACGCCGGGGCUCGCUCGUCGCCGCAGUCUGCGGCCGCUUCGCGGAAGGUGGACAAGCUCCCCAUACCCGAGAUUCUCAAGCAGAACUUGCACGGUCUGGGCGUGACGAAGCUCUUCGAGAUCCAGUCGCGCGCCUUUGAUCCCAUCCUCCGGGGGAGGAGCUUCGUUGGCCGCUCGAAGACCGGGACCGGCAAGACGGUGGCCUACCUGCUGCCACUACUGGAACGAAUGCGCCAUGAGAAAAUGACACUGCCGCACUCUUUGGUGAUCCUGGUGCCAACGCGCGAGCUAUGCAAACAGGUUGGAUCGGCAUUGCUCUCAUUGUCCGUGCAGGUGGACGUGGCACUGGUUUACGGCGGCGAGACUUUGCACUCGCAGGAGCAACUGGUUCGGCUCGGCGCAGUGGCAGUUGUCGCUACGCCUGGCCGCUGCGCGCGACUGGUGGAACGAGGUGCCUUGCAAACAGAGAAUGUGCGAGCGCUGGUGAUUGAUGAAGCAGAUGCCAUGUUCGGUCCUGAAUUCGUGGGCCGAGUGGAGCGAGUGCUGAACGCAGUUGCCAAGCCCGGACUGCAGCACGUUCUCUUUUCCGCCUCCUUGCCUGAUGAUAUUUCGACGCUUAUUCGUCAGCACUUUCCAGAUCACGAGCUUGUGGACCUCGUGAAUCGAAGCGGGCCAAAGGGCGAAGCUGUUGUUACUGCCGUUGACCAUCGCCUGUGCAAAGUCCCAGACAAAAGGCCGACAGCCCGUGCUCGUGUUCUGAUGCAUCUGCUGAACGAGAAGCUGGACAUGCUCGGUGGCCGCUGCAUCGUUUUCGUGGACACGGCCUCGCAGGCGACUGCAUUGCUGGCACACCCGGCCAUGGAGCGACGUGCACGAAGCCUCCACGGGAACUCAGCAGCUGAGGAGAGGGACACCGUCCUAACCAGCUUCGCAAACAAGGAGUUUGAUGUUCUUGUUGCCACAGAUGUGAUCGCUCGUGGCGUGGACUUCGCGGACGUGAAUUUGGUGAUGCAGCUCCAUCCGCCGAAGGAUGCCGCGCAGUAUGUGCACAGAUCUGGUCGAACCGGCCGCGCUGGCCGCGGGGGAACUUGCAUCACGUUGUACGACUCCGGCGAGCGAAGAUACGUGCAGCGUGUCCGUCAAGUGACCCAGCACGAGUUUUCGAUGAUCGCCGCCCCGGGGCCGCUUGACGUCCACCACGCCGCGGUGAGCCGCCUUCUAGAGCAACUCUUCGGUGUCCAGCCGGAGGAGUACGAUCCGCUGCUGGAGGAUGCUGAGACCCUGCUCGAUGAGAAUGGGCCGGCCAUCCUGGCUUCAGCUAUGGCUGUCCUUGAUAGUCGCCAUGCAGACCUCCAGCAGGCGCUCCGUGAUCGUCCCUCGAUCUUCAGCGGGCGCCGUGGGUUCGUUUGUUUGUUGGCCAACGAUCCGGAACACCUAGUGGCGACCACCGAGGGUGAAGUCCAGCGAAUCGUUGGGUCCAUGAUGCCCAAGCUGGCAAAGGUGGGCCGUGUGGCGCGGGUAGAAGGUGGUUGGGCCGUGGACGUGGAGCAACGCCACGCCAGCGGCCUCAUCGAGGCGCUUCGCUCCGGCAGCGUUCAGGCCCCUUUCGAGGUGCUCGUAGCGCGGCGCAUGCCUCGAGUACUGCGUGGUCGGGCAGGACGCCUCACAAAGGCUCCCUGGGCUGCGCAGCGGCGGUGGGCCAUUAAGAGUGGCGUUCGGAGGAGAGAGAAGCUGGCGAAGAUGACAAAAGCCUACGCGACGGCGGACAACACCAGCCUUCCGCACUACUCGAGGCAGGAGUAUUGGGAGCAGCGAUAUCGGAAUCAACUCGGAGCGCCGGAGUGGUAUCUCGGCUGGCCUGAGCUAAAGCGUCACCUCUGCGAUUCAGAUGGCAUCCUCGGCCCCCUGGCUCUGGCCCCACCUGCCCUCGUCUUGGAGCUGGGCUGUGGCAACUUCUCCCUGGUCCCCGGCCUGGCAAGCAGCGGCUUCGCAGCUUUGGGGACAGACUUCUCUCCUGCGGCGACUGCCGAAGCCGCGGCGGCUGCCAGAUCCGAGGCCCCCGACUUCGCCACGCUUGACGCACGGUUGCUGCCCCUGCGGUCGGGGAUCUUCGAUGCCGUUCUGGACAAGGGCUGUUUCGAUGCCCUGAAAGCACACGACUCUCACGAGAUGCUGUUGGAAGCUUGCCGAGCGCUAGCGGCUGGAGGACGUUUCCUGUGUGUUUCGAACAAUGGUACGCUUCUACGAAGCCAUGCCCGCAAAGUGCCGGGCUGGAGGUGUGCGCUUGGCUCCCCUUUCUGUAUCCCUGAUUUGGAUGACGAGCUCUACCUUCACUGUUACGUUCGAGAUGCAGAGAGUAGACCGCACAGCACCCUCACAAGCAACUUGGGCUAUCCGGUCCUCCCGGCGCCUGAUUCUGGGCCGCGCGGCUGUACAGGGCCUUCACACACCAAGCUGAUUCUGCACAAGCUCCUAGUUUCCGUGCCUUGGGCCUUCCGAGCCUCCGACAUUGCAUUGCACGUGGCAGAUGGCGAGGAGCUGCAAGUGGUGGUUGCGCCAACCGGCGUGGAUUGCGCACAGUUGGCUCCAACGCCAUGGCAGCCUGGGCCAGAGCCGACAGUGGCACCUCAAGCCGGGCUAAGGCUGUGUUUGCCAAGAUACCUGCAGAUCGAAAGGACAGCCAAAGGGAAAGAUGGAAGCUUACAGCAGGAACCGGCAGCAAGGGGCAGCUUCUCUGCAAAGUCGAAGAUCUUGACCUUCCGGCUGCACGCAGUGGGCACGACGUGA